AUGCCAGAACGACGGUAUUCCUCUGGCCACCAAGAUGAACGAAAGACUUCUUCAUCCCCAUCGCGAACACAAAGCACGCCUCGCACUCAAAUUAGGGAGCCGAGAAACUCCGUCUUCGAGUACAGUCUUCAUUACACUGGUCCAGUCCCAAUAGAGCGUACCGUUGCCUUGUUGGCCCGCGAAGCAGAAGAUAGAAAGCGGGGCCGCUCAAGCCAUGGACACGAUAGAUACCGGGAAAGCCAAGCUCAGAGCCAUCCGCCUCGGAGCGUUGAAGAUCGCAGCUACUCAAACCAACUCGUUCGAUCUAAGGAUCAAUCACACCGGGCAAUUCGGAGCCAGAGCGAUAACCGACAUAGCAAUGGCCGUGAGGGCUACCACGAGGGCAAUCGACACCAUGGCCAAGUAUGUCUGAGUAGCCAAGGCCACAGAAAUGGCUUCGAUCCCAGUACAAAGCACGAACAUGGGGCCGGCUGGAUCACGACAUCGGACACCCUCUGCGACGAGAUUUCCAAUUAUGGAGAAGCUGAACUUCCCAGCGUUCCUGGACAUUCUCUUCCUAGAAUUGAAAGACGUGGACCAGACUUCUACAUUGUCAGAGAGGCUCGUGGAUGCCGUCAUCCUCGGACUCAAAUUCUGAAUGGUGGUCCUCGUACCUCUUGUCAAAUUCUUUAA